CCUUAAUCCUCUUAUUUAAAUCCACAACCAUGGCGCAACUACUUCGUGCCGCAGCGAACGGGAACCUCGAGAAGGUGAUCGAGCUGCGCAGUGACUGGAGCUUUCAGAACAAGAAGGGCGAGUCCGUGCUGCACGUGGCAGUGGCCGAAGAUCAGCUGGAGAUCGUGCAACACCUCGUGUCCAAUGGUGCCAUGCUAAAUCUGCAGGAGAAGAAGCGUCGCUUCACACCGCUUAUGCUGGCGCUGGCUCAGCAGCCGCCGAGUUUUGAGGAGAUUUUCCAGAUACUACUCAAAGGCAAACCCGAUCUAAGUGUGCAGGACUCGUCGGGCCAGACCGUUCUGCAUCUAGCUGCCGAGUAUGAAGAGGAGGAGUCGUUAAAGCUGCUGCUAAGAGCAAAGCCUAAGGUGGAUGCAGUCGACAACAAGAAGAUGACGGCGCUCCAUGUCGCCGUCGGAAAGGGCAAUCUUGAGAUCGUCCAGCUGCUGAUCGAGACGGGUCGUGCCAACGUCAACGUGGUGGACGCCAAGGGUAACACACCUUUGCACUGGGCGUGUAUCAAGAACGGCGAUGACCAAAUCGAUCUGAUCAACUAUUUGAUCUCUAAGGGUGCUAAACCUGUCAAGAACACUCAUGGGAAUACGCCGCUGCACUCGGAGGCGAUGCACUGUGACCCUACUACAAACUGGCCUACUGCGGCUGCGGAGGUGUUGACUACUGCGUUCCCAGAUUUGAUAUCCGAGGAGAACAAGAAUGGCUUGACUGCCCAACAAACGUUUGAGCAAGAUAUCGAUGCGGAAGAUCCGGUGGAGGAGUCUGCUGUCAAGCCCUCAAAGAAAGGCGGUCGUCGUGGUAAGGGCGCCGAUGAUGAAAUGUACCAAGACAAGACUGCUGCAGCCCGUGCUGCCGCUAUUGCUCACGCAAAGAAAAAGGUGUCUAAGAACACCAAGGAAGGCAGUGGCAUGGCUCCGUACAUGUGGGUUGCCCUCAUUUUUGCUAUUCUGGCGGCCUUAAACGCCAUGUUUUCGACGUAG